CGCAUUUUUAUUAUGAAAGUGAAACUGAAAGCAGAAAUAUUUAGCCGGUAUUUUUGAAAAAGAUCCCAUUCAAAUCAUCAUUCAGUAUGUCAACAUCAGUUCCAAAGCGACCAUGUCUCGAGAAGAACAGAAUUCAAAGCGUCAGGAACAUGGUAUUAUGUGUAUUAUCAGCAGAGGUCAGACAGCGUCAUGAACCACUGUAUUGUGUGGAUGUUUUAGAUAAAUCUGGUCAAUCUGGAACCUUAUGGAAGAAUGUGUUGAAGGAUCAAAUCCAUGUAACAAUAGCAGACAGGGAGAUUGAUGAUUCCUUGAAGUUAAAUUUAGACACAUACAGUCUGAAAAGUCGGGAUUUACCCUUAGAUAUAAAUAGAAUACCUGGAGAUCCUAUGGAACCACAACAUGUCAAUGAAGUAUUUACUGCAAAAUGUUCAGCUAAUGUUGUUCUACAUAUGGAAGCCUUCGAUUUUAUAAACAUGAAUCCAAACCAACAUUUAGUCAAUGUUUUAGAUUCAGCUGCGAUGAACCUAAAGCAUAAUGGAAUAUUGUGUGUCUCAUCUACAGAUAUUUCAUCCAAAUUUACAAGAACUGCUCACGUCAUACAUAGACAUUAUGGAGCAAGUGUUAUCAAAACAAGUUAUAUGAAAGAGCUAGCUCUCAGAAUUGUCAUAGCAAAUAUAGUCAGGGCAUGUGCGAAAUGUAACAAAGGUAUAGAUGUGUUAUUAUCCGUGUGUGCAAAUGACAAUUUCCUCAUUGUUGUACGAAUUUUAAGAGGGGCAAAAGAAGGGGACCGCUGUGUAAAUAAAAUUGUACCAGUUCUACACUGCCAAAUAUGUGAAGAGAGAGUUUUUCAUCCAAACACAUUGUCUCCACAAGAAGAUCCAUACAGUUUGCUUCCUUGUUCCUGCAACAAGAAUAAUCCUGGGAAGACUGCUGUUACUUUAGGACCUGCCUGGUCUGGAAAACUUUUCAAUGUUUCCUUUUUAGACUCAAUGCAACAUGGUUGUAAAGACAUGGAGUGGAAUUUCUCAGACAAUUUCAGUAUUGAAACUUUAAUGGAAGAGGCGAAGUGUCCAAAAUGUUCCCUGCCAGAAGACAACAGUGAGGAACCAGAUCAGAAGAAGACAAAGUUAUCUCCCCCUGAAGAACCAAUGCCACCAUUUUACUACAAUCUUCAUGGCAUGAAAUUGAAAUCAGUUGAACAUCCAAAAUUCAGUCGUUUGUUAGAGUACCUGAGACAAGAUGGAUAUAAAUGUAGCCGGACACACUUAGAUGUCUAUGGUGUCAGAACAAAUGCAACACUGAAACAGAUAACAGACAUUAUGUACAAAUACUGUAAACAAAAAUCCUGAUCGAUAUUGUUUUUUGAUAUUGGUUAUAUUUUAUACACCUGUGAAGGAUAGAACAUUAAUUGGACAACAUUGUUAGUCUUUCUCGUGUAAAAAACAUUUUAAUAUUUAUCAAUGCAAAAAUUAGUUGACUAUACCAGUAAACUUGUGAAAAUUAUAAGAAAAGGGUCAGAGGGUUUUAGGUACUUUUAGUCAAUAUUAUUUGAGUUUUUGAUUCGUUGAAAAAUUGGUGUAUUAUUAAAUGUUGCUAAAUCUAAUUUAUAUAUUUGUAUAAUUUUUAGUCAUUUUUUUUUUAUUGAUUAUGAAGUAAUAUUGUUGGAUGAUAUAC